GUGAAAAUCUAUUUUAUUUGGAUCUGAAACUCUUCUUGUCUCUAUCAGCUUCUCUUCCUACACUCUUCACGAUCUUGCUCCCUACCCCCACCGGUCGGGGAGAGAAUCCAUGGAUUCCUUAUCUUCAUACUUAGAAGACAACAACAAUGGCGAAGGAAUUGCAGGUCUCAUCCCUCUCGCUUCUGUCUCACAGCAACCUUAUGUCUCCGAGCUCCUCUCUUUCACUCUCGAUCGCCUUCACAAGGAACCGGAGCUUCUUCGAGUCGAUGCGGAGAGGAUUCGUCGGCAGAUGCAGGAAGUUGCGGUGGCUAAUUACCGUUCUUUUAUAUCUGCUGCUGAUGCUUUGGUUUCCAUCAGAGAAGAAGUUUCCUCCAUUGAUAAUCAUCUUGAAUCCUUGAUUGCUGAAGUCCCUAAGUUGACAUCUGGUUGCUCUGAGUUCAUUGAGUCGGCUGAACAGAUUUUGGAGAAGAGGAAGAUGAACCAAACAUUGCUUGCAAAUCAUAGUACUUUGCUUGACUUGCUUGAAAUUCCUCAGCUUAUGGACACAUGUGUGAGGAAUGGAAAUUAUGAUGAAGCUCUUGACUUGGAAGCUUUUGUUAGUAAACUAUGCACCAUGCACCCAAAGAUCCCUGUUAUUCAAGCCCUGUCUGCAGAGGUUAAGCAGACGACACAGUCUCUGCUUUCACAGCUUCUCCAGAAGCUCAGAUCAAAUAUUCAGUUGCCGGAAUGUCUUCGUAUCAUUGGAUAUUUACGUCGAAUUGGUGUCUUUAGUGAGUAUGAAAUGCGGUUGCAGUUUUUGAGAUGUAGAGAGGCAUGGCUCACUGGAAUCCUUGAUGAUUUGGACCAAAGAAAUCCGUAUGAAUACUUGAAGGGAAUGGUUAACUGUCACAGGAUGCAUUUAUUUGAUGUUGUAAACCAAUACCGAGCAAUAUUUGCUGAUGACACGUCUGGAAGCGAAGAAAACUAUGAUGGAGGGCUCCUCUUUAGUUGGGCUAUGCAUCAAAUCACAUCUCACCUUAGAAUGCUCAAGGUCAUGCUUCCCAAGAUAACUGAAGGGGGAUCUUUGUCUAACAUUCUUGAUCAAUGCAUGUACUGUUCGAUGGGUCUUGGUUGGGUUGGACUGGAUUUCCGGGGUCUCCUUCCAUCGCUAUUUGAAGAGGCUGUUCACAACUUAUUUGUGAAGAAUAUUACUACUGCUGUUCAGAAUUUUCAGCUUGUAUUAGAUUCGCAUCGCUGGGUGCCUUUGCCAGCAGUUGGGUUUUCAGGCAGUACUGCCGGUGAAGAAAGUCAGGAGGAUGUGACUCCGCCUUCAUAUUUGAUGGAGCAUCCACCCUUAGCUGUAUUCAUAAAUGGUGUGUCAGCAGCAAUGAAUGAGCUACGUCCGUGCGCCCCUAUAAGCUUGAAGCAUAUUCUUGCUCAAGAAUUAGUGAAGGGACUCAGAGCUGUUCAUAACUCUUUGUUGAGAUAUAACGAGGCACGGAUGCUCAGAGAGAAUGAGUCCACACUUUUCUUCUCUCUUUGCCGUGCAUUCAUGGAGGUCGCAUUUCCCCAUUGCGCAACUUGCUUUGGUCGUUGUUACCCUGGUGGUACUGGCAUCAUUAUGGAUGCCAAGAGUUCAUUCGAUGGGUUAACCCGUUUGCUAUCAGUAUCGUCAUCAAGAGAAAUUCCUAGGCGAACGCAAAGUUUAGAUAUCCAAAGCAUAUCAACAAAUGGGAGUUCGUCUACCAUAGAAAACGGGGCUAUCACUGAAAGUGAACACGAAGGGGCUACUGAUGUAGUUGAAGAGGGGGUAAAGAGCGAAGAUGUCAAGGCUGAGGAUAAACAAGGCGAUUCGUGAUAGCCUAGUAAAAUGGUCUUUUUUGGUGAUAAAAUCUUAGGUGUCUCAUGUGGUCAAGAGAGCUUUCUUGUGAGAAUUGAUAAGGGGCUAAGACGAGGAUUUAUCAGCGAAGAAAAGGGGGAGAGUAAUAUAGGAAAAUUUCAUUGUACAUUAUUUUUUUCCGGCGAGGCUGAACUAAAACUAAUUAGAUCGUUGUACACUUGUACAUUUGAGGAUAACAAUAUAAUUAUGAAUUUUUUUUU